CCCCUUCCACUCCCUUCCCUUCGCUUACUUUUCUGCAGAGCUUCUUGCUGCGGUCGCUGCUGCGUCUUCUUCCGUCCUCCUUCCUCCCCUUCUUGUGCCCGGUGUUUUAUUCGGUGCUGCUGGUGCUGGCUGGUGCUGUGGAUGAGGAUGAUUGUGGUGAUGUGAAUGAGUUGUUAAGCAAAAGGAGGACGAGCAGUGAAAUUUCCUCGUUCUUUUCUGUGCUGCGCUAGAGGUUAAAACCGCGUUCCAUGUCGAUAGUUUUCGGUGGAGUGACGGGAGGAGGGAGUGGGUGUUGAGUAAGCGGCAAGAGAAGUCGGAGGCAGGGAGGGAGAGAGGCAGAGAGAGGGAGGAGGGAAAAGUACUUUUUCGGAUACAGAGGGAUGGAGUUGGCUGGCGGUGCGAUUGACCGUUUCGUUUGUGGCAAGCUCUUCAAGUAAUUGGGCUACGGUGCGCGUAUCUGAACUGUGAAAGCCGAGGAGAUGAGAGUAGUAGCCUUUUGAGUUGAUUGUUGUGAAGGGACAGGUUGAUCGCUCUAGGAGUUCCCGGAAGAAAUUACACUCGUCUGUCAGUCGUCGACUUCGCUGCCGGGAUGCAGCUUUCACCGGAGUCGGAUCCCGAAGUCGGGUUGCUGAGGUGCUGUCCGGUGUAGAAUUGGGCUUCAGUCUUCUGCGACUGCAUUGCAUCUGUUGGUGCCGUUGACCCAGGAGUGAUUGGCUUUGCUUACCUUGAGGGCUCGUAGAAAUCGAUGGAUAGCUCCCUCGGCAUUGGGACAAAUCAUCAGCCGGGUGCCCAAAACGAACCUUUUUUUGAUUUGUUGCAGCCUGCGGUGACGUCCUCGUCAUCGUUGGGUCAAAACCCACCUCAAAAUAGUUCCAAGAUGGAAAAUUCAGGAGAAUUUAAUUUUAGCGACGAUGUCCUACCAAGCUUCGAUUUCCAGCCAAUUCGGACAUCGGGGGCUCCUCCUUUGAAGACGAGCAAUAGUGGAGCAGGAAGAAUGGAAGAGAGCCGAAGCCGUCAAGCUUCGCCCCCACCUUCGUACUCGUCUUAUGAACCUAUGCAGGUACGUCGAUCCCGGGAACCUCCUCCAACUUAUGAAGCCCCUUUACCUAGGUCACAGGAGCAUGAGAAGGAAUCUUUCGAGACAGCUACGGUGGCUGCUGUGGAACGCACAAUGAAGAAGUAUGCUGAUAAUCUGCUGAGAGUGCUCGAAGGUAUGAGCGGGCGACUUUCUCAGUUGGAGUCUUCUACUCAGCGUCUUGAGGAGUUGUAUGGAGAAAUAAGAAAUGACGUUGUCAACAAUCAUGGGGAAGUUGAUGGAAAGCUGCGCUCAUUGGAAAAUCACAUAUUGGAGGUUCAAAGAGGUGUACAGCUGCUCCGUGAUAGGCAAGAGCUUGCAGAAGCACAGUCGCAGCUUGCCAAGCUUCAAGCUGUCACCAAGAGUGACGUUGCACCUCACAACAGUGCUCCCUCGGCACCCCCUCCAGUUAUUGAGCAAUUGCCUGAGUUGUCACGAGCUUCAUCAGGGAAGGCUCUCUUGGAAGAUUCACAGCAGCAGAUGUCGAAUGUGGCCUCGUCCCACUACCAGCAACCUCAGCCACAACAUCUACAGCAGCUGCAGCUGCAGCUGCCCUCCGUACCUUCUCAUUCACUGCCGCAGCCUCUUCCUCAGCAACAGCAACAGCCGCAGCCACAAGCCCAACAGCACCAACCACAGCAACAACAGAGGAAUCCCAGCAAGAAAAAAGGAAAAGGAGGGGUGCAUCAAGGACCACAGAUGCAGCAACAGAGUGAGGUUUCUCACCAAAUUCUACAGCAGCAGCAGCAGCAGCAGCAGCCUCCUCCUCCUCCCCCACCUCCUCAACAGAUGUCGCAUUCACAACAUUCUCCUCCUCCACCACCACCACCACCACCAUCUCAGAUGACCAUGCCCUUCUAUUCUCAACAGCAGCAACCUCUUCCACAGGCACCACCUCCGAUGCCAACAUAUGGCCACCAACCAGAGGCUCCAGCUUACAACCAGCAUCCUCAGGGUCCUCAUCAUGUCCCUCCAACUCCCCAAAGCUACCCUUCAGACCUUCCCAGUUAUCAUCCUUCAAACUAUGGACCGCCUGGUUCUGGCUUGGCUCAACCUCCACGUCAGUCUUCUCAAAUUCCACCAAGUUCACAUAUCCAACAGCAUCACAAUGUUCCCAUGUACGAUCCCUCUCUAGCAAGGAACGGGUCUGGGCAGUUGGCCCUGCCACCUCCAUAUCUCCCUCAAGCACAGCAGGUUUCUAAUUCUCCUAUCUAUGAACCUCAGUCACCUGGAAGUGGAUACCCCAGCUCCUCGUAUCGGGUUGCACAGCCAGUCCCAUCAGCUCCUUCUGGUGGUGGGUAUCCACGGUUGCCUGUUGCACAGCCUUUACCUCAUGCUAUGCCGGCUGGUGGUAGCGGAGGUGGUCCUCCUGGAACACCUCCCCUUUCGACGAAUCGAGUGCCAAUAGACGAAGUGAUUGACAAAGUGACAGCCAUGGGAUUCUCUAAGGACCAGGUCAGGGCUGUUGUGAGACGACUGACAGAAAAUGGGCAAUCGGUGGAUUUGAAUAUCGUUUUAGAUAAACUCAUGAAUGGCGGCGAUGCUCAGCCACCACCGAAGGGUUGGUUUGGGCGAUAGUUGGAGGUCAAAGUAGGUUCAUAAUUCUUCGUUUCUUUCUGGGGACUCUCAGACUUUGUCUGUGCACCGGUGUGCACUGAUACCACAAAAAGAGGGCAGAAUUUGAAGGACCUUUGUGUAUUUGUUUUCUGGGUAGGUAAGACCUUGCACGCAAUUGUACAUAGAUAGGUCUUUUUGCUUGCUAUUUCUGCAGGUGUAUGUUGGUGAUAUUGUGAAUUUUACUGCAGAAGCUUACAUUUGGCCUGGAAGGCAGGUAGAGUCAAUAACGACAAUGUAUCUAUUACUACCUCCCUAAAGUCCAGAACAGUGAUUGACUGCAGGUCUGCACUUGAGAUUUACCGUUUAUGAGAUGACCCUAGAGUAGAACUUGUUCUAGUCGGUCUGUUUCAUUGAGGAAGGAAAGUUGUCUUACACUUCAAUCGUGAGUUUUGACCACGCACUAAGCAACUGCGGCCGGCUUGGGUUGCGAUUUUUAAUUUAGAUCUUUGUUAAGCCUCACAAUAAGUGAACUUGUAAUUUCAGAAGAAGAUUGUAUGCUAGGUUAUACGAACUUGGGCUCAUGCACUGGAGUCUAUGUGUCAAGGUUU